AUGUCGAAAUUGAAUCCUGUCACUGAACACAGGGAAUUUUUUGGCGUUCCAGGUGCUUUGGGAAUUGCAACGUUUUUGCCCAUUGUCUUGGUAUUCUUCUAUUCAGUGUGCAAUGAGCACUACUCUUUAAAGGGCGUCUCGCUUGAUCUCAACAAGGUGGCCGAACAAAUUCCAUACUCAUGGAACCAAUGGCUUGACCUUGUCUUUGAUCUCACCAUUUGGAAGGCUUAUUUGGCAUGGUUUUUCACCCUUGCCGUUCUAGACGUCUAUUCCCCUGGUAAGGAUAUGGAUGGUGUCACUUUACGCGAUGGAACGAAAUUACAGUAUAGAAUCAAUGGUGUCUUCAUGAGCGGUACUUUGAUCGUGUUGCUUCUUGGGAGGCUAUUUGCUUCCCCUGAUUGGUUCCUUCCUGAGUUGCAAUUCUUGUACGACAACCAGCUUAAGUUGAUCUUCAUCACCAUCAUCUAUUCUUUCAUUGUAUCAUUCGUUGUGUACUUUAUGUCCUUCAUCCCAUUGAGAAGGGAGAAUGGCUUGGGAACGAAGGAGAGAAUUCUUUCCAUUAAUGGUAACUCUGGUAACCCCAUUUACGAUUGGUUCAUUGGACGAGAAUUGAACCCAAGAAUCGGUGCCUGGGAUAUCAAAUUGUUCUGUGAAUUGAGGCCUGGCAUGCUCUUACUUCUCUUGAUCAACUUGUCUUGCAUCCACAACCAAUAUCACAAGUUUGGCAAAAUUUCAAAUUCAAUCGUAUUGAUCAAUUUCUUGCAAGCAUUCUAUAUCUUCGAUGGUGUUCUCAACGAAGAGGGUUGCUUGACGAUGAUGGACAUUGCCACGGAUGGCUUCGGAUUUAUGCUUGCAUUUGGCGACUUGGCGUGGCUUCCAUGGUCUUAUUCUUUGCAAUGUCGUUAUCUUUCGUUAGAAGGCAACGAUGUCGAUUUGACUUGGUGGCAAGCCUUGUCAAUUUUGGCGCUCAGCUUCUUUGGCUAUUACAUAUUCCACUCCGCAAACCAGCAGAAGUCGGAUUUCAAGCAAGGGAAGCUCGAAUCAAUGAACAGCAUCUCAACUCCUACCGGCUCAAAGUUGCUCGUCGAUGGAUGGUGGAAGUUAUCUCAGCAUAUCAACUACUUCGGUGAUUGGCUUAUCGGUUGGUCUUGGUGUUUGCCAACAGGCACCCAGUCAGUCUUGACGUAUUUCUAUGUGAUUUACUUCGCUACAUUAUUGGUACACAGACAGACGAGAGACGAGGCAAAAUGCAGAGCAAAGUAUGGCAAGGCAUGGGAGGAAUACGAAAAGCAAGUUCCUUACAAAAUUAUUCCAUACAUAUGGUAA